CAUGCCAAUAGCCGACAAUAUUUUAUCGUUUCGUAUAUUGUAUGAAUGUUAGUUCAAUUAAGGAAGUUAUAUGAGUUUUUGUGUUUACAAAUUUAUCACCGAAUACAAUAGUAUUGGAUUAUUUCAAAAAGAAUAUCUUCAAAGAAAGAAAGAAAGUUUAUCAAGAUUUUAAUAGGAUAUUUCGGAAGAUUGUAAGCCUUUUUCAAGGGAUUAACAAAAUUUCACCGGAUUGCCAAUGGUUUUAAUUAUUUAAAGGGCUUGAAACCGAAUUUAUGUGAUUGUAAAGAAUUUCAGAGUUUUUGAAAAUAUGGAAUGAUUUUACAGGACCUAUAAAGUUUAAAAAUAUUUUAGAAGAUUCGAAGGGAUUUUAUAAAAUUUCCAGAUUUUAGUAACAGCAUUUAUAGUCUUUUGAGAUGCAAGCCGAGGUAAAAGCGAUUGUAGAACAGUCUUUAAAAAAGGCUCGAGAACAUGAUUCAAGGCGAAAUGCUGGACAAGCAUAUGCUUAUUAUACAGCAGUAGUAGAACUAUCGCCUGAAAAUCGCUCAAAAGUGGAAAAAGAAUUUACAGACGUUUUGUGUGAAUGGGGCUUGCAGUUGGAACAAAAUAAUCGAAUUCGCGACGUAAUAAAGUGUUACGAACAUUCUUUGGAACAUUAUCCCAAAAAUCCUCGAAUGCUCAACAACUUUGCUGCCCACCUUUUAAGGAAUGCAGAACCAAUAAAGGCGAUACAGUAUCUUAAACGAGCCUUAGAAGCGGAUCCAAGUUUUUUGCCAGCAGAAAGAAAUUUGCAAAAUGCCUUUAGCAUGGCAGUGGAUCGAUGGCACUUUCCAAUGUUGAACGAUAGGCACCGAAAUCAUGCUUUUGACAAAGCUAUCAGGAAAAAAAUUGCUCUGGGGUAUGAUUCUGUAUUAGACAUAGGCACUGGAACUGGUUUGUUAAGUCUUUACGCACGAGACGCUGGUGCUGCUGAAAUUUAUGCCUGCGAAAGUUCACCGGUUAUGUCGGAAAUAGCUGGAAAAGUAUUUGCAAAAAAUAACGCUGAUGAGAUUAAAUUAAUUCCAAAGAUGUCGACGGAUUUGAAAAUUCCUGAAGAUAUACCCCACAGAGUACAACUCGUAAUUACUGAAACAUUCGAUGCUGGUCUCUUCGGAGAAUUCGUCGUCCCAACUUUGAUCGAUGCUCACAAAAGACUUUUAUCCGAUUCAGGAGUCGUGAUUCCCUCAAAUGCGACUCUCUAUGUAGCAGCGAUCGAAUGCGAAUACAUUCGUUUCAGAUCAUCAGUAAAGUUCCAAAAGCCUAAUCAUUUUGGGCCUCUCAAUUUUGAAAAUAUUUCAGUCUUGCCAGACGAGCCUUAUUAUGACACCGAAAAUUUACAAAACGUGAAGAUAUGUCACAUAACUGAGCCUCGGGGAAUUCUAGAUGUCAAUUUCAAUGACUCUACAGAAAUUCUCAGUUUCAGUGUCGAUGGUUUAAAAAAUAGAAUUACUACCGAGUGUCGUUAUGAUGGAACAAUUGACGGUCUUGUCGCUUGGUUUAAGUUGCAUCUCGACGAAGAAAUUACCAUAGAUUCCUCCCAGGGAAAAUCCUGUUGGCAGCUUGCAGUUUUUCCAUCGAUUCCAAGAUAUUGUCAAAAGGGAGAUAAAAUAUCAAUUUCCGCAGAAAUGUCUGCUGGUAAACUGAAAUGUUCCUACAGUUCGAACAAAUUGGUGAAUAAAGUGGAGGAAUGUGUAUUUCAUUUGCCAAAGGAAGUCAUCACUUUUUUGAAUGACAGAGAAUAUAUUUCGUCUUUGACACAAGCUGCCUCGAUCGCAAACGAAGAAAUUGAAAGUGUUCUAGACACAUCUCCAUUUCCAAUAUUCGGCUUGGCCCUGAUGAAAAGCAAUCCUAACUGCAGAGUUUUAUAUUAUCAGAGCGAAGAUUUGAUGUUGUGCAGCUUCAUUGAGAAAGUAUUCGAUGAUAAUGAAAUCAAGGGGGAAAUUCGAUUUCUUAAUGAUUUUUGUGAGAUUGAUGCCGUUGUUGACCGAAUUUUUGUACAUAAUUUUGAUAUCAACGGGGAAUUAACAGACUGGGGACAGGAAAGUUACCACGAUUUUUUUAGUUGUUUUCUGAGUCCGAGAGGAAGUUUACUACCUGGAAAAAUUCAUCUUAUGGGCCAGUUGGUAUUUUCAGAGGAUUUACCGAAAAUGAUCUCUGUUAAGAAUUCCAAUGUUCAGAGGUUUUGUUCAUCUGUUUCUACCUCAGAUUCUGAGAAGACUUCGGACGAAGAAAACUCUUACGAAAGUACUCCAACAUUUUCUGACAAAAGUCCAAGUUACAAGCUCGCAGAAUUUAUUAACGAAUAUAAGAUUAAUCAAGUUUUCGAUUUAAACUCGAGUCUCUAUCAACACGAAGCAAUCUCCGAAGUUAAAACUCUUAUGGAAAUGGACGAAACUCAAAUAAAAGAGCACUUAAUAACUUUUGGAAAAUUCGACAAAUCGAAAAAAUUACCUAAUGCUCUUAUAGUUUGGUAUAAAAUACAAUUCUCCGAAAACAAUGUUUGCGAAACGAGAAGAAAUGAUUCGUUCAUGAAUCAUAUGGCUGUAGUUUUGCCAGAUGAGAUAAAGAAAUCGAUUCAACGAGAUGGCGAAGUAAAAAUUAAAAUUCUGCAAUUUUACCUUAAUUUUACAAUAUGAACGUGAGGAAAAAUUGGAAUCACGGUCACACAAGAUUCCGAUGAACCAGCCUGCUCGGUCAAAGCACAAGAACCAUUUGACGCUUCUUUAACAUUUUUUCUAUUCAAAUGAGAUUAAAGGUCAGUCAUCUUUAAUUUUUAAUAUACAUAUGCAAUGCAUUUAUGCAUGUAAAAAUAGAAAAUGUCAAUUGCGUUCAAUUGCGUGUUGAGUAAUUUCAUCGGCAAAUGCAAGAUUAUGUAAUAACUUCGCAGCGGCACUAUUCAAAAGUUAUAUUGUUGUACUUUAUACUAUAAACAUGAAAUAAAUCCAUUUAUGAACAAACAAUUUA